CUUCUACCUUUUGUCUUGUUCAUCUGUAUCGUAUCGUCGUUACAUGCCAGAUCUGUGACCCACUUGACAUUCGACCAGGAGAGACGGCAAGAAUGCAAUCAGAGGAAGAACAACCUACGAAACGACGUCGGAUUCGACACUCGGUCGCCUGCGACGCCUGCAAAGUCCGCAAGUCGAGGUGCGAACUGGUGACUGCGGCAGGAUGUCAUCGAUGUUCGGUUCUCAGGACGCCUUGUUCUCUCACCAUUACUGGGAGCACGAGCGAUAAGGGACCUACUUCCACACCUGUUGCACAGGAUCUUUUGCCGGGUCCAUCGUCCCGCAGGUCGUCUACCUUGAACGGAAAUGCGACUCGAGGUAGUGCUAGCUCUCGAAGUCGUCCAGCUAGCAACCCGGUCUCGAUCUCUCCUGCCCCACAUGCAUCUCCUCUGGAUAGAGACCAGGUCCUCGCUGCGAUCGCAGAGAUUAGGGAUUAUACCGCUCGGAUCGAGGUACUCAGCUCGUCUGUCAUGGCCGCCAUCUCUGCACCGGUCGAAUCACCCCAAUCUCAACCCGUAGCAGGACCAUCAUCACGGCCAGCACAGCAAUACAUGCAGCACCAGAGCAUUCCUCUUCUCUCCCGAUACGAGUAUGAACAUCAGCAUCGACAGUCUACUGUCUCGCCUCCGGGACAGUCCACCGUCUCUCCUCCGAUUCGAGAAUGGUCUACCUCCGACGACCCUUCGGUCGUCAAACCAUCGCAUACGGAUCCGGCCGCUCUGUUGCAUUAUACUUGUCAGGGGUCGGAUGACCCGGAUAUUGCGGAUUUUACCGCUAGAGCUCCUUUCACUCGGGGUGUCGUUCAAGGUGCUUUGGAUCGCUUCGCACAGGCCUUCUAUCGGAUCAUGCCUAUCCCCCAUUUCCGGGACCCAGCGGUCUAUCAACAUCCCCCUCUUUUUCUGAAGACGUGCAUGCUGUACUUUAUCGCCUGUUCCAGCUCCUCGGACGUCCCUCUGGACAACCUUCAACGACAGACCAUCUUUCAAGCGACCGACCGGGCUGUUCUCGACCUCCCCUGUCUACCACCGGAUAGGGAUACCGUACUAGCCCUCCUCAUACUGUCCAUGGCGCCCGCUCAACCGCAGAGCAGGUUUUUACGGGUGAUGGACCCGUAUAACGCCUCGGUCUUGGCGUGGAAUACGAUCAAGAGUUUGGGCAUGGAUCAGGUCUUGCAGGAACAUAGGGCGGAUCGGCAGUCGACGACGUUGUUCUUUGAACGGCCGGAUCGGUUAUUGCAGUUGUGUCUGCUGUACAGCGUGAUACAUCGGCAUAGACAAUCCAUGUUUGAUACGACGCCCAGCCUAUCCGUGGUCGCCGUAGAAUACCCAGACCUGGCGACCAUCGUCUCUUGGCGGGACGCAGAGACGCUACAGUCCCCCUGGUUGGUUCACCUCUUGGUCCAGUCCACGACGCUUCGCGAGAUAGAGGCCAAGUCGGUUCACUAUCGAGCUCUGAGACAGAGUGCGACAUUGGACCGCAAGGCCAUCGACAUGGUUUGCGAACAGAUGGAGACUUUGGAUGGCGGGUAUCGCAACGAAGAUGUGAUGCCAUCUAUACCCUCGUCGAGCUACCUGCGACUGGACAUUCUCUGCUCGGACGCUAUCAUUUUCCAAAAGGUCAACUGGGACCUCGAGACCUUGACGUUGCCGGAAGAACCUGGCAAGACCGGUCUGUCUGGGUUACGCGUGGCCAGAGUUCUCUACGUCCGAGCGGUCGAGAUCGUUCGCAUACUAGCCGCAGACCGGACAGAGCUCUCCGAAUUACCUUCGCGCCUGCUCAGUGUCGCGUUUCUGGCCUUUACAACGAUCGCCCAGGUUAGGGUCUUGCAUAGAAUGAUUCCCGGCGAGGACGAUCCUGGUGGGCUGAGCUGGGCGGUCGUCAGCGCCGCCAGAGAGGUCUUGCUAGCCUCCCACCAAGCAGCGCCGGUCAUCAUCAAACGCAUCGAGAGCCCCUUGCCUAUCACCGCCGCGGGAAUCGAGAAGGGCGAAUCGGAGAGUCCUCUUCCUCCUCCGCGGCGAGGUCUGGCGAGUCAAUACCCUUCGGCACAGCUCGAGCAGGACGCUCGAUUCAUGAUCAACCCGUUGUGUCUCGACGAUAUCCCGGAAGACUGGAUGACCUUGUUCGGAUCGGGAGUCCUCGAGGCACCCGCGUUUUGGACGGGUCAGACGCCAGGCACGUGAUGUGCGAUGUAGCCCCGGUCGACUGCGGCGUCUUACGUCACGCCUCCUGCUACUCUCUUCCCCGUCGGACCGGCGGCAAGAGGAAAACCUGCGAGCUAUAUCGGGCUGCACAGAGACGUAGACCGUAUGCGAUCUCGACCGUAUAUAAGAACCAUCUUGCCGAGUUGUAUUCGCAGAUUUGGCGUGCAGAGACGGUAUCUGGAUGCCCAGA